ACACUGUGAAUGUGAAGCUCUCUGAAAAAGUUUUUCUGGUGAAAAUUGUUCGAUUUCUAACUAAGGGAGGACUAAGGACUAAGGGAGAUAAAAGUAUGCGCUUCCUAUCGCUGAACAUCAAAGACUGCCUCGGCUGCAGCGAUUUGAGAGUGUCGUUCCCCCAAUCGAACAGCGUGCACGUGCUGCUGUACAAGCCGAUGGGGCAGGAGCAGGCCCGCGACACCGUCAAUGUGGCCGUGACGCCUGUGGCACAGGCCAUACAGCUGCUGUGCACUCGGACCUUUCCGGACGCCGAGAGCUUGGAGCGGCUGCCGCUGCUGAAGGUGGGACGCGGCAGCGUUUCCCUGCGCUUCCAGGUGUUGCAGCCCACACCCUCGGAGGAGGACAGCGACAGCGACAGCGACUUGGACCUGGAGCCGUCCACAUCGGCGCAGGCAAGAGUGCGUCUCGAGGAGCGGAAGAAACGCCACGAGGCGGCACGUAAUCCCAAGAAAAUCUUCGUAAUCGAAAAGGAGGUGAUGGUCGAGCGGCGAUUCGACGAUCCCCAGAGUCUGGACUGGGUCACCUUUACGGUGAACGGUGGCGAGAUCCUCAAAUGGCAGCUGGACGAGUUCCACGCUCAGUUCUUCGAGGAUCCGCAGUACUCGUCCAUCCAUCUGUGGGAUCUGCAGCACAGGUGCGCCGGCAAUUGGCUGCAGAUCAUCCGGGCGGACGGCAAUGGCUACAAAAACUUUCAGACCCCGGGCAAUCCGUUUGAGAUCUUUGCCAAGCUCUUCGUUCGCAAGGAGCUGGGUGAGGAGGAUUUGGUGUGCAAAUUGGCCGAAUCCUGUAUUACCGUCAACGAGGCCGUACUCCGCUCGGAGCGUCUGUUCGUGAUGCAGGUGUUCAACCAUGUGCGCCGCAUAUUCGAGUACAUCACCAUGAAGCAGUACACGGUGUGGUUCCUGGUGCCCGGCGCCCAGGGCCCUCAAAGUCUGACCGAAGAGGAUCUCCACUUCGAUUUGCGUAAUGUGCGCACUUCCAUCCGUAUUGCUGGCGACAACAGGAACAUCUUCUGGACCCAGUCCGAUCACAAUAUCCAGGACUUGCUGAUGGUCUCCUUCCAGUUGGCCCUGAGCAGCAUUGCCAAGCAAUCGGUGCUGAUUAUCAGCCAUUUGGAUAAGUUAGCUGAUUUCGUGACCUGGCAGUUUGUCACGGCUUCCUACAUGAACAAAAUCUAUGCCCGUGGACCCACAGAUUCGAAAUGGGUCUGCAAGCGCUACUUGCAACGCAUCGUCGAAAUGGCCCAGGCCAACUGCAUCAUUGUCCUCAUCGAGUAUCCCAGCUUCCUGAGCUUUCUCUUCGACGAGCGGCAUGUGAUCAAGUGUAAGAGGCAGCCGGACAAAGAAUCCUGGGACGUUAAAGUUGCCUCCGCCGAAUCGUCCGAGUCCCGCUUGGAAAUCCUUAAUUCCGCGCUAGGCAGUGUCGCGCCCGCCACCCCUCAAGAAUAAGGCAUCUAUCAAGCGCUCAUCCAAUUUUAGU